CAAUAAACUCAUGGCUUCAAACAAAACGGAAAUGGCUUAUAAGCUGUUUCUAAAGAUCAAAGAGGCUCGUAUUAAAGACAACGCUCGCAGAUUCUGGCGAAGAAAUGGGUGGCACUUUUGAUCUUCAUGUUCUGUGUUGUUGCUGCUGGAAGAUUACAUUUCUUAAGAAUGGAGGCAGUAAUAAGGAAAUGGCAGCAGAAGUUCAGAAAAGCGAAAGAGGAGAUGAACAAGUGGGAGGCGCUUCAAGUUGGAUGGUUUUCCCGCUUCAGUAAAGCUUCUUCUAUCAUCCAGAGAUUAGAGGCAAUUCAAAAUCCUGGGAGCUAUGGAGCUUUGAGAUGCGUUAAGGGGAUUGAAGACGCUGUUCUGCAGAAACAGAUGGAUCAACUGGAGACUACUCUGCUUUCUAUGAGAAACGAUUUGGAGGAGUUCCGAGGAUGUGUUUUGACAUUUGAGAAGCUUCAUCGAGAAGGGUCGCAGCUACUCAAAAUGGAACAGAGCAAGAAGAGAAUAGAGGAACGAAUUGGAGUAAAACCUUGCAUUGCUGAUUGUUUGAAGGGACUUUCUCUUCUUUAUGAGAUGCAUCAGUCUGAAUACCAUCUUAAAUGUUCGAUUCUUUCGGCACUUUCAUGUCUUGUACUGAAACCAAGUCCUGGCGAUCUUGUAGCGCUGCAAUACCUCGUGGUUGAUCAGCCCAAUAUCCUGAAUAAUGAAGUGCAACACAUCUUCGAUGUCAUAUUUGCUGAAGAUAUCAAAUGAUGUCAAGAGGAUAUGUCUUUAUUUUCUGUAUUUUCUUAAAUUGCAAAACGAAAAUGUAGUUCUUAAGAUAAGGUUAUUCGGUGAAUGAAAGACAGUGAGGAGUGCAAGGAAAACGCAAGCAUUUUUUUUUGUUUUGUUUCCGGAUGGAAAAAGAGAACAAACCGCUUUUUGAAAGAGUAAAAUCACUUUCAUUGGUGUUA